UAUAAAUGCACAUAAACGGAUGGUACAGGUCACUGUCUAAAUUAUUUAUAUCUUUAAAACAAGAUAAACAAUUUACAUCAUGUCUUGUUGAAUCGUUUUAAGGGCACUGUAUAUCAAUUUCUUAAGAGUGUAAAUCUGUUAUCAAAAAGGGUCUGCAAAGAGCAAAUAUUACAUGGAUUUAUGAUAUAUAAGUAACUGUGUAUGAUCUCGGCAUAGGACCAUGUCAUCAAAGAAAAACAAUUUCGAAAACCCUGACAAUACUUGCGGCAAGACAAGAGGAAACGCUGCAGACGACAGUAAAAUAUCAAACCGCGAUGACGAUGACAACAUUGCGAUCCCCGUGCCUCCGGACGGAGGUUGGGGUUGGGUGAUUACGCUGUCGUCAUUCAUGGUCGGCAUGAUUGUUGACGGAAUUGCGUUCACAUUUGGAAUUUUCUUCAGUGAUUUCCAGGACUAUUUUGGCGCCAACAAGAGCACAACAUCUUCGAUAAAUUCUGUACUCACCGGAACAUAUCUGUCUAUUGCCAACUUGUGCCUUAAUUAUGUACACGCAACUAUAAACAAUGUAUAUUUAAAUACACUUCUGACAAUACUACAAAUUAUCUCAUUUUUUAACUCUUACUUUCGGCGUUUCUUCAUUUCAGGAACUGGUUUCGGAUUGAUGUAUUUACCGGCUAUUGUUAUGGUCGGGUACUAUUUCGAUAAAAGGCGCGCCUUGGCUACAGGAAUAGCUGUCUGUGGCAGUGGCAUAGGGAGCUUUUUAUUUGCUCCACUCAGCGAAUACCUCUUGAGUAAAUAUAGUUGGAAAGGUGCCAUGUGGAUUCUGUCCGGUAUAUCCCUAAAUGGGAUCGUAUUUUCUGCGUUAUUCCGGCCUCUAGAAUAUGCAGAUACUUCUGUUGAACUUAUUGAAACUUGCGAUGAAGAAGUAGAAGUCGACAAUAAAAAUAAACCAAUUUAUAACCCAUUGCUGCAGAAGAUUAAAGGUACACCCGAGAAUUCUAUGUAUAGAAGUAAAUCGCUUGAAGCAUGUAAUAAAGAAAAUGGAGGCGUGAAAGAUUCCGACAUAGCACGACUCGGUCAUAGCCUCUUUUUGGAUGCUGAACCAAGGUCACGAAAACACGCCAAAGGUCGUCACGUGUUACACCCAUUAGAACGAAAAGAUAUAUUUUAUAGCGGAAGCGUUCAAAGACUUCCUGAAUAUACAGCUGCGGGGAAUGAAGAAAACUUCGUGAGAAGCAUGCUUAAACUAAACCACGAUCUCUCGGAUGAAGCUGAUACUGGCAGUGUUAAAAGCAAGAAAGUCUCUUGGCUUAAGCUUUUUACAGAUACGUUUGACUUCUCACUUUUAAAGAGUCCAACUUUCGUUAUCUACGGUUUAUCGUGUUUUCUAUGUAUGAUAGGGUUUUUUGUUCCAUUUAUUUACAUACCAGACAUAGCCGUGAAGAAUGGUAUGUCCACAUCACAGACUGCCUGGAUCAUAUCAAGUAUAGGUAUUAUCAACACAGUUGCCCGUAUUGGCGUGGGCUGGAUAUCCGAUAAGCCAUGGGCAGAUUGUAUAUUAAUUAACACCGUUUGGUUAACUAUUACUGGAGUCCUCACAAUGUUUGUCCCAUUCUAUAACGUGUAUGCAGGCUUAGUGGCAUAUGCUGUUUUAUUUGGGUGCGGGAUAGCUGUUUUUGUAUCACUUCGAUCAAUCAUAGUGGUCGAGCUUCUUGGUAUUGACAAACUGACCAACUCCUUUGGUCUAUUGAUACUGUGUCAAGGUCUUUCGACAUUCAUUGGAUCGCCGAUUGCGGGUGCUUUGUUUGACGCUACAGGUAAUUAUUUGGCAUCGUUUUACCUCGCCGGUGCUGUGAUAUUACUUUCUGGGUUAAUAUGCCUUCCACUUAGAAGACUAAGUCGUUGGGAAAAAGCUCGAGAUGAGAAGAUAAAAGAAGAUAGAAAGAACUGUGAUGUAGAGAAAAUGUUGUUAGAUAAAAGACAAAGUAACGGUGAAAGUUUAAACAAUAAUGGGACAUGAAAAAUAACAGUCACGGUACUAUAUAUGACGACACUAAGAAGGAUCUUAAUACGGAAUGUGAUUUAUUUUUUUUAGCUUAUUUUGUUAUAUAACAUUAUCGUUAUACUAUAUAUAUAUACUAUACAUAAGAUAUGGAUUGAAAGGCAUAACGCGAUACACCUAUAUUUAACUUGGUGGGAUUGACCGUAAAAAGACCCAUCUUUCCGGAUAAAAAGCUUAAAUGUAUACACACAUCUGUUAUUAGAUAACAUUUGCUUUCAUUUAUCAAAUAUAUAAAAUAUUUUAA